GAGAGCACCUCCGCCCUUGUUGGGAAACAUGGCUGCUCUGCACCAGCUCCACCAGAAACGAAUGCCGAGGGCCACAGCCAGCCUUGCCCUUUCUCUUCUGAGUUGCCUUCUGUUCCCUGUCAUGAUCCUCUCAAGUCUCCCAGGGGCGGACGAAGGGCCCACUCCAAGCCUGAGGAGAAGCCCGUGCGGCAGCCUGUUGAGAAGCAGAAGCCAGAAGACCCUCAGGUCUCUAGGGAGCCAGGCACAGAGCCACCUUCUUCAGAUUCUUCAGAGCAAAAGCUGGGCCUCCAAGAGGAAGCCACCAUCACGUUCCUGUUUACACUCCUGAGCACAGCAGAGCCCACCAAAGACCCUGAAGAGGACUUGGAGAGCCAGGCGUGCCGGUUCCUGGAUAAGGAAGACUGGGGCCCCCAGCGGACCUCGAAGGAAAUGAGCCAUUUGCAGAAUAUUUGCCAGAGGCUUCGGGAGUCCCUGAGUACCAUCCAAGCAGACAACCUGGCCCUGGGGGAGAAGCUGCAAGACCUGCCUAACUCUUUGUACGAGAGCCUGAAGGAGGAAGCAAAGGCCAUCCUAGAUGGAGAGAGGGCCAUCCAGGAGGAAGGGAAGGACACCCAGGAGGGAGCCCAGGCCUUCCAAGAGGGGGCGCUGUUCCAGCUGCCCAGUUCCCAGAAGGAUGAGCUGGCCAUCCUGUAGCCUGAUGCUCCCCACAACCACGGAAACCAGUGGCAGCCCUGGCUGGGCCCGAGGCUGGAGACAGGUGGCCUCCUCAGGAAGCCAUUCCAUCCUAGCAGCUAUGCUCUAGGUCCCAGCAGUAAACGUCUCUGCAGCUGA